AUGGAACGUGUUGGAAGUCCCGUCUGUUUGUUGCCUCUACCACCAAUUCACUGGUCUUACCCAUUCACCACGGCGGCACUCCCGUCCCUUCCCCCAGCCCACAACACCUACCCCGCUUACCUACCUCCACGCGACAACAACAACAACAACAACGGCAACAGCAAUCUCGAGAGCGGCAUCACAAUGGAUGCGCCUAGCACGCCACUGGACGCUCGUAUACGUCGCGCCUGUAUCAUCGAAGUCAUCAAAGAAGUCGAGAAAUAUGCGCAUCUUGACGAGUCUUUGAUUCGUCGCAUGAUCGAGGAUGUUUUUACCCUUCAGGUACACGAGGAGCUCUGGAAAAACGAGUACGGAUCCGUCUGUCCCAAUGUCCGCAAUUGGGCGAUUGACCUUCGUCUUGUUAACCACCAGGCGAGCCAGUUCGUGCACAACUUCCCGCGCCCCGCUCCUUCUGCAAAUGUUUCGCCCGAGUAUGCAGCCUUCCUCCGGACAAAGAUCCGAGAGUGCGACGGUGCCUUUUUUGUGCCUGAUGAGGCUACGUGGCGCGAGCUGAGACCCAAAGCCAGCCAGAGCCACCCAGGCGUUUAUGGCUUCUUCCAUAUCGUUCUGUCUAGAGACCAUGCCCCGGCCGGCAAGGCCUGGAACAAGCUCGAGGCUCAGGGUCAAGACGAAUAUUUGGUCAACCAUGGGCUUGUACGCAUCCGCAUUUGGCGCGACGUGUCCCAGAAUGCUGUUGUCUACCAGUUGAUGUGCAGCACAAAGAACCCCUCGGCUAGUGGUCUAGUCAAGCCUGUCCUGGGUCAAGUUUGGCUCAACCUCGUCAUGUGGGCUUGCGACGUCCUCCUGCUGUCUCACGAGCCAGCGAUGCAGCUCGGCUACCCUGCCUGGUUGAAAGACCAUGCGGUCAAAGGGGGUAUCACCAAUUUGUCUCCUGACAAAGAGGCAGUGUUAGUGGACAUCUCCGAAUACGCACGCAUGGUGGCCACGUUCAAGGCCGCGCUUCCUCAGGCUGAGCGUCUCCUUGCCGAUAUGUCCCUGGAUGAUGACAAUUGCCAGCUAGCGAUGACUCGUUGUCAAGCGUUGGCCCCCGGCAUCCUUUCCCGGUACUCUCAGCUAAUUUUCUGGGCUGCUUUUCACCGUAUCCGUCCUCUCGACCCCUAUCUUCUUGAUCAAUAUCCUCGGCAGGGUCUGGCCAUGACAACAAAGGCCCUUAAAGAGUUGAUCCCCAACUUUUGUGUCUGGAAGGGACGUCAGUAUGCUGAGCAUUGGAUUGAGCAAAAUCCUCUAUCCCUGCCGCCUACGAUGCUUCAUGAGACGGCUCAAGAAGUUUUGACCGACAUGGCGGUUUGA